UACGACGUCGUUGCAGGCGAUUUUGCAAGUAACUGCAACCGUAAACAGAGUGAAAGUUUCAGUAAAUGCUGUUACCGAGUAUCUGAGGCUGAAACAAACUCUCAAGUCUCAACCAACACCAAACACUCGAAUCCCCAAAUUGAAGAAAUUGAGAUUCAACAAUGGCGAUUUCUGGUGAUUUUAGGGUUUCUGCUGCUUUAGGUCCUUCUCCUUCUAAUCCUCUUCGCAUCAAUUCACCACCCAAGGUGGAUUCUAUUAGUUUCAUAAAUGGCGGAUCGUGUGUUACCGAAAGCAUGCCUAAAUGGCCAUCUUCAAUAGCCCAUGUGCAGAGCACACGGUGCCAAGCUAAACGACCUUUGGGGCUCAUUAACGACUAUGAAAUCUCAACAAACUCCGUUAACCAAGAUGCAGAAAGCUUUUUAUUGAAUGCCAUAAACUUAAAUUUCUUCGAGCGUUUGAGUUUAGCAUGGAAAAUAAUAUUCCCAUCUCCAUCAAUGAUCAAGAACUCAAAUGCAAGCGUCGCUAAACAACGGUUGAAAAUGAUUCUUUUUUCUGACCGGUGUGCAGUCAGUGAAGACGCGAAGCAAAAGAUAGUCAGCAACAUAGUCAACUCCCUUUCGGAUUUUGUGGUGAUUGAAUCUCAAGAUAAAGUGCAGCUCAGCGUGUCGACAGACCCUGCGCUCGGGACAAUUUACUCGGUUACCGUGCCUGUGAGACGAGUGAAAACAGAGUAUCAAGAAGCAGACGGGGAUGAGGGAACGAUAAUGGAUUUUGAAUAUAAGGACGAUGGGGUGACUUCUGGUUCGGUGGAUGUGAAGUUUGAAUUUUAUGUUCCAGGUGAAUGAUUUUUUCAUGUUUUGGGUGAUCCAAUCAUCCGAGAUUGUAAUCCGGAAAAAGAAAAUCAUUAACUUUGUUAUAAUUUACAGCAAACGUUGUAAAUAUUUGAUAUUGCUUGUUUGAUGCUUUCAUCC